CUAUUCUGGUUACAACCUUAUACAUGGAUUUAUUUGUUUCCGUGCAUCGCUAUAACUUGUAAAGUCUCUGGUAUUGCGUGUUUGGCUUUCUCCGAGAACUUUCAUCUGAGGAUCGUCACCGAAUUACCUGGAUAUCCUUGCACUUCCCGUGUAACUUUUAAGAAGGCAUCAACAUGGCAGCACCCCACAAGUCACACGAGAACACCACCAUUAUACCUGGCGUAUCGAUGAACAUGUCGGUGAAAAUCGGACGCAACGCAGCCGAGCUGGCAAAGCCCUGCUUCACUGCGGGCACGUCAAGGGUGUCGCGGUCGCGAGCGUUAGGGCUCCGCAAUAGGCGGAAAGCUGUGAACCCGAAAUCACCCCCAAGCCCCAACCAGGAAAGUGCGGUUAAUACCCGCACGGGCAAGGUUGCUUUUGGACCUUGGAUGGGACCCUACGAGACUCACGUCGAUACUGCCGCCGCCGGGCCACCGAUUUUCCUUGACCCCAACGGCAACACGCAUGCAUCCCUCCAUGCACCGGAGUCGCAGCCGCCGCCCGUGGACCCCAAGGGCGCCGAGCCGCUGCCGCAGCAGGAGCAGGAGCAGGCUCCGGAGUCGCAGCCGCAACAAACGACCCCAGAAACGAAGCCGCAGCCUGCGCGGUUUGUCAAGGCAGCCGCUGUGCCGACAACUCGGGAGCUGUAUGCCAUCGUCGCCAAGGUGACGCAGCGGAAUGCUAUGAUGGCGGCGGCACAGGCGCGCCCCUUGUCGCAGUGGCUGGGAGGGGCCCGCGGGAAGCCCCAUGGUAGCGGCCGUUGUGGGAACAUCAUGGCGCGAAGCAUCAACCAGCCACGCAGGUCGUAA